CGACGUCACGCUUCGAUAACGGCGUUCAUCUCGUCCAUAGGUCGGCCUCGAGGAAUCCGCCCGGAGCGAAGCGCAGUACUUCACAUCCAACCGCCACCAUGGCGGACGAGCAAGAGCGCACGCCGCUGCUGCGAGACCCUGAAGCCGAGGAUGACUAUAGCAGGCCGCAGACGGACGACGAGCCGCCUUCGUUCUUCGAGCGCGUAGGCGCUAUAGCGUCCGAGCCGUUGACUGCCCUGAGCAAGGUCCUGCUCGUGCUCUGCCUCAUCUUCCUGCUCCUGAGCUCGGUCUUCAUUGGACUGUUUGCGGGGACGCAGACGAAGCUGAACAAGGAGCGCGACCGCCAUGACGGUCCUACUGUACCGACAUCGACUGUGUCUACGACCCUCAUCCCUGAGCCUUCUACCGUUAUAACCACCACGACUGCUUCCCCUCCUGGCCCGACGAGCCCUCCAGAAGAGUCUCGCUGCCUUACGCCUGAGUGCAUCAUGCUCUCCGCUUCGAUCCUCUCAUCGCUGGACCGGUCCCAGGACCCUUGCGAGAACUUCUAUGAGUUUGCGAACAACGGCUGGCUUGACGCCCACCCCCUUCCCGCUGACAAGGCCUCCUUCGGCACAUUCGAGGAACUCUCACAGAAGAAUCAGCAUGUCAUCCAGAAGAUCCUUGAGUCAAACUCGACCACCCUGAACUCACAAUCACCAUCCUAUGACGAGCAGAUCCUGAAGAAGAUUCGUGGCCUGUAUACUUCGUGCAUGGACGAGGACCACCUCGAUGAAGUCGGCUUGAAGCCAUUGUCGGAAUUCGUCGCGAAGCUGAAGUAUGUGUACAACAAAGGGUCGACGGACUCGCGUGUGCCGAACGAGAAGCUGGGGCUUACGGCUGCGCUGGCGUUGCUGCACUCGAGGGGUGUGAGCGCGCUGUUCGACUUUGGCAUAGAUGGAGAUGUCGGGGUAGACCCGAACCAUAUGGUCCUCUGGUUUAGUCAGUCUGGUCUCGGUUUGCCUUCCAAGGAAUACUAUGACGAAGAGUCGAUCACGGACGCUUACCGCAGCACUGUCGAACAGCUGCUUCGCACUCUACUCGACGCUGAAGACAAGGAGCGCGAAGAUCAUGAGCCUUCCAAGGUCGCUGCAAUGCCCGAGCCGACUCCUGGCCUCGUCAUCAAUGAAGACACCGAGGACAACGUCUGGCCGCCUUGGCCCUGGCCACCUUGGGGCGAUGAUGAUGAUGGCAAGGGUGACGACGACAAGGAGAAGCCCAAGAACUCGAAGGUCGCUCGCAAGCUCGCGAAGAAGGUGGUCAACUUCGAGCGCAAGCUCGCGAAGAUCAGUUUGGAUCUGGAUCUCCUGUACGGUGAUCCUAUCGGCACCUACAACCCCGCACCGAUUUCCAACCUGACCGAGGGCCUCCCCCAAAUCAACUUCCUCGAGUACUUCGCCAGCUUUGCGCCCCGCAACUUCCCCGACCAGGUCAUCAUCACCUACCCCGCAUACAUCGAGUCGCUCUCCAACUUGCUCGAAUCGACCCCUUCGGAGGUCAUUGAGGCAUAUCUGGUGGUCCGCGCGGCGCACGAGCUGUCGCCCUAUCUGGGUCGCGGGACCAAGGCGUGGCAGGCGCAGCGGGCGUUGCAGGAGACGCUGUCGGGCUUGAAGAAGGGCGCGGUGGGUGAUCGGAAGGAGUAUUGUGUACAUCAGGUUGAGGAGACGCUUGGGUUUGCGGCUGGGCGGUACUUUGCGAACGAGGUUUUCGGCGGCGACUCGAGAGAGAAGGGGACGAAGGUCAUUACGGACAUCGUCGAGGCCUUCAAGGAGUCCUUAGGCAAGAUCGACUGGAUGGAUGCGCCUUCUGCUAUUGCUGCCGCUGAGAAGGCCUCUGCCAUCCGCAUCAAAGUCGGCUAUCCCCUUUCGCCCAACACGGAGGACCCUGCGUCCAUUGCUGCCUGGUACCGCGCUGUGAAGAUUGACGAGAAUGACUUCUUCGGCAAUGUCCUCAGUGCAAGGGCCAGCGACGAGAUUCACCAGUGGCUACAGUUAGGGAAACAGCGCGACCUGGACGCAUGGGAGAUGUACCCGUCUAUGGUUAACGCCUACUUCAACCCUCCGGCGAAUGAGAUCGUCUUCCCCGCGGGUAUCCUGCAGCCUCCGUUCUUCUCGCAAGACUGGCCCGCGUACCUCGCCUACGGCGCAUUUGGCCAUGUCGCUGCUCAUGAACUUACGCACGCAUUCGACUCUUCAGGCCGCCUGUACAACCAGGAGGGCAAGCUGGAGCAAUGGUGGACCAACGAGACCAGCGAAGGGUUCGACAGGAAGCAGGAAUGCAUCGUCGAGCAAUAUUCUCAGUAUACGAUUGACGACGGCAAGGGUGGAGAGGUUCAUGUCAAUGGCAACUUAACAUCGGGGGAGAACAUCGGCGACACUGGUCUCAUUCAGGCCUUCCGCGCUUGGAAGGCGCAGUACGCAGACUCUUUCCAGUCAGGCAACGAGUUCCUGUUGCCUGGGCUUGACUUCACUCGCGAGCAACUGUUCUUCAUCGCCUUCGCGAGAAGCUGGGCGAGGUCGAUCACUCCAGCCGCUGCCGUGCAACGAAUUAGGACAGACCCGCAUAGCCCGAACGUCUGGCGCGUGCAGGGCACGGUGUUCAACAUUCCUGAGUUUGCAGAGGCGUUCAAGUGUCCGAAGAAUGCGACGCUGAACCCGCCGAUGGAGAAGCGAUGCAUAUUCUGGUCGUAGGCAGAGGCAUGGAUAUUUGACCGUACUGAUGACUGAAGUCUGUAAGAGUUGGAUAUCUAUUGAAGACACGCGAUGCUUUCUUGGUA